UGAACAUGAUGGAAGGUUUGAUCUGUUCCCAUUUUCCGAAUAAUUAUUCGGCAAGUGGUCCGUGUGUCUUAGCCAGGGAGCUAACUGGAACCUUCUAUGAAGUCUCUAGAUCCAUCAACUGCAACCCAUUUAUGAAAGUCUGAAUAUUGAAAUUCUCAGUAUAACUUUCAGAAAGCUUAAUAAAUAAAUCGUCUAGGAUACCUAAUGAUCAUAUAGACAAACCAUUAGCAAACAACUAAAUGGUAAGAAUUCUUCUUCAGCGAUCACCUCUCAGAAUCCUGAGCAGCAGCACCACACGUCAACUCUACCAUCCUUCACUUCGCCCACUAUCACAAAGAGCCAUGUCAUCAGCAGCAAACCCAAACACUGGCGCCAACUCACAAGAGACGGCACCCACCCAAACACAACACAGCGGGACCGAGCAAAGCGAGGCCUCGUCUCACCAGGCGCCCCUACCGCUCCCGGCACCGGACACAGAUGAUGCGACGCAGCUGCUCGUCGGCGGCGAAGGCGUCAAGCUAGACCACCUGGGUCCGCUGGUCGUCAACGAGGACGGCACUAUGAGCCGCAUCGCCAACUGGAACGAGAUGGCCGAGAUUGAGCGGCAGAAUACGCUGCGCAUCUUGGGCCGGAGGAACAAGCAGCGGCUCGACGCCCUGAAGGCGAAAAGAGCUCAGGCUCAAGCCUCUAGUUAGGUAGUUCGGGAAUAGGGGUUGGAACAUACCUCCCUACCUACGUACUACCUAUGCAAUUGUAUCAAGUACAGCGUGACCUUGGGGAUGAGUUAUUGAUCAUGAAAUAUGAAAAGUUACGAUUUCGAGGGUUAAUGUAUACAUAGAGUUAUACGACAGGUACAUGCCAUACGGGAACGCACAUGCAUAGUAUGUAUUAUACAUAUUAGGACUACCUACAUGUAGUGAACCAACAAAUACAUCAACUGAUAACCGCCAGACC